AUGGAGGCAACGAAGUAUGAUGCAAAGUUGGAGAAAAGUAAGCUAUUUGUGUCAGGGUUGCCACGAUCUGCUACCAAUCAGACGUUAUUAGAAAUCUUCAAAAAGUAUGGACCAGUGAAGGAAGUCAGGGUUGUAACCCAUCGAAGCAGCAUCUCUAAAGGUCUUGCAUUUGUGCAAUUUGAAAAAGAGAGUGAUGCAUCACGAGCUGUCUUUGGUGAGGAUAACACCAUUCAAGAUGGGCAUACCAUCAAUGUUGCAAUCAGUAAUCCACCCAAGAGAAACCCAAAGAAGGAAUUGCUAACCAAUCCAUCACAAAGCAAGACGGGUCAUACUGAGUCGAUGCAAGACAAUAAAAAGGCUGCCCAAGAUAAACUGCAAAAGGAGUCAUUGAAUCCUGAACUAACACAAAAUGAGACUUCUGACAAAAUGCAAGAUAAGACAUCCAUUCCUAAAGCAACGGAAGACAAAGCAUGCACAACCUGCUGGAUCAACUCAAGAUAUUGA